AUGGGAUCACUCUCUCUGCUGCCUCUACCGGUGCAGCUGGUGCUGCUGUGGCCACUGCAGGUCUGGACCAAGGGCCCCAUCCGCGUCUUCGUGGUGCCCCACAGCCACAUGGACGUGGGCUGGCUCUACACGGUCCAGGAGAGCAUGGAGGCCUACGCGGCCAGCGUCUACACCUCCGUGGUGGAGGAGCUGAGCCGGGGGCCCUCCCACAAGUUCAUCGCCGUGGAGCAGGUGUUUUUCCGGCUGUGGUGGGACAGCGUAGCCUCGGCCCGGCAGAAACACCAGGUCCACCGUCUGCUGGCCCAGAGGCGCCUGGAGUUUGUCAGCGGAGGCCAGGUCAUGCGUGAUGAGGCCGUGACCCACGUCGAUGACCAGAUCCUGCAGCUCACAGAAGGACACGGAUUUCUCUACGAGACGUUCGGCUUCCGGCCGCGGUUCUCCUGGCAGGUGGACUCAUUUGGCGCCUCUGCCACGACCCCCACCCUGUUUGCGAUGGCGGACUUUCACGCCCACCUCAUCUCCCGCAUCGACUACGACCGGAAGGAGAUCAUGCAGGCCACCAAGGGGCUGCAGUUCGUGUGGCAGGCGUCCCCGUCCCUGCCGGAGCAGCAGAUCUUCACGCACGUCCUGGACAAGUACAGCUACUGCUCGUGAGCACGCGCCCGGGGCCAGGGGUCCCCCCCACCUCCUCUCUCCAGCAGGAAAGGAUAUUUCUGGGAAGGUGACGUCCUCUUCCCGGACCCACCCUUGAACCAGAUCACCAUGUUUGACGCCUGGGUGACCCCUGAGAAUCUGAAGACCUACGCCUCCGUGCUGGUGAACAACGUCAAGGAGCGGGCCGCCUGGUUCCGGACACCGCACGUCCUCUGGCCCUGGGGGUGUGACAAGCAGUUCUUCAACGCCUCAGUGCAGUUUGCCAACAUGGACCUCCUGAUGCGCUACAUCAACAUGCAGACACGCCUGCUGGGCGUCACGGUGCAGUACGCCACGCUCAGCAACUACUUCCAGGCCCUGCACCAGCUCAGUGGCCCCUGGCCAGUCCAUGACCAUCGUGACUUCCUGCCUUAUUCCUCAGAGCCGCCCAACACCUGGACCGGCUUCUACACCUCCCGCAGCGGCCUGAAGGGGCUGGCGAGGCGAGCGAGCGCCCUGCUGCACGCGGCGGAGUCCAUGUUCGUGCGGCACGUGUGGACGGCGCCCGGCUCGACCCCGCAGCUGGCCUGGGCCCUGGGGCAGCUCCAGCAGCUCCGCUGGGCCGUCUCCGAGGUGCAGCACCAUGACGGCAUCACCGGGACAGAGACGCCCAAGGUGAGGGACAUGUACGUGAGCCACCUGAGGGCGGCCACGCGGGGCGUGCACAAGGUCAUGGACUCCAUUGUGAAGGGCAGCACCAAGACCCACGCAGGUGAGCCGGGCUCUGCGGGACUCCAGAGGCCUCGGACCUGGCCCAGCCUGGCUGGCUGCUGCCCCUCCGAGCCCAGCUGGGGUGCAGCCAUUUCUCCAGCCUCCUGA